AUGAGCAGUUCACCGCUUUUGCCUUCUCAUAACACCUUUACUUCAGGACCUUUCCAAGGACUCAUCUGCCGCGAGCUUACCAAGGCGAUCGAAAAUCAAGAACACGUACAAGUCGUAAAUUACGCCGAUGACAUGCUCCAGUCCCACUUGCUCAAGGUUCUAGAUGCCCGAGCUUAUGGCAACUGCAUGCAAGGAAAAUGCAGUCUUGCAAUAGAAGAUGCUCAACGCAUGAUUGAUUUCUCACCGACAGUGGCUGAUGGAUACCUUCGAAAAGGUGACAUUCUCUCAAUGUACGGACGACAGCGCUGUGCGAUUGCGACUUAUGAUACCGGCAUGGAAAGGAUCAAAAUGGACGAAGACAACGAGCAGCAGAUCGAGCAGUUGGUGCUUAGCACAACCGAAGCGAUCAUUCUAGACGCCAAGCGUAUUGAUUUCAUUGCCAGGCUUCCGAUCGACAUCGUUGACCUUAUUCUCUUGCUAUUGCCCAAGGAUACAAAAGCCGCGUGCCUUGCAGUAUCCACAGCUUGGCGCAGAAAGGUACUAGAAUGCAAGACCGCAUGGAAGCGCGUAGUUCUUGAUGACAGCCCGGAAGAUCUGGACGUAUUUGUUGGCGCCAUCCAGUUCAUUGCUCCUAGUAUUGAGCACUUGACAAUAAACACUGAAGUCGAGGCCACCCGGCUAAAGUAUUUACGAUGCAUUGCUACUCAAAAUAUGCGACCAUACACUCUUUUGUUCGCGCACGCGUUUUGGCAGACAUGCCACACGUUGACCAAACUCAACAUCGAUCUCGGUGACAGCCACAGCUUCAUCACAUUGGCAGAAGUCCUUUCAUCAUGUGUUACCAUUACUGACUUGACUUAUUCCACCACCUCGUCCAUGUCUGCCGUGACAGGCGAUUUUUCGGUGUUAGAGUCAAACCGGAUGCUUACGAAUCUGGAGCUAAAAGCUACUGCUAUCACGGGUCGUGAAAUGGAAUCCGUCCUACAGCAUUGCUUUCGAAUCCACCGGCUAGUAAUCAACGGAUGCGACCCUUCCGUCUUUGAUCCUAUCGACCGACUUGCUCCCUAUCUCGAAAUCUUAGCAUACAACCAUCCGAACCCUGUUCCCGAGCUCUAUCAUCACAAAGAGCAACAGGGAAAAGUCAACGACAGCAACAACGGUAGCAGCAGCAACAGCAGCAGGGGAGGAGAACAAAAAACCGGUUUGCGAAUGAUCUACACCAAUAAUGGCGGCCGCUGUGUGCCCACCUCAGCCCUUUUCCCUUUGCUCUACAAGAAUCAAAAAACACUCGAGACCGUAUUUGUCAUGCUUUCUGAUCUCACACGGGCCGAAGUGUGUCAAUUUAAAACACACUAUGCGGAUUUCAAGAUGGACAAGUUGACAAGCUUUACUUUUUGGCCGCUGCGGGCGAUACAGCCCUUCCUUCUCCGGUCGAUUAACCGUGCUGCUGCUUUGACCUGCUUACGUAUCGCCGAAGUGUCCGAUUUGAGGGCUAUCAUCAAGGUACUUCUGGACAUGCCGCCACUCGAAACGUUUGCUAUUUCCCACAUGCCACGGAUGAGCUCCAAUGCAACAACAGCCGCUUGUGGCACAAGUCUCAUUCAGCUGUUUGAACGUUACGCGUGCGUGUCCAUGUCUCAACCAUCACUCCGAUGCAUUACCUUCCGACACUGUCAUGUUGUUACAGAUGCUGUACUUGCUGCACUGGCCCAUAUCAAGACAUUGGAAAGCAUUACGUUAAGUAACUUGGAGCGUGUUACAGCAGCCGGGCUACAGGAAUUCGUCCGCUCCAUGAGCGAGCAAGUAAAAUCUAUUACCCUUACUGACAUGGAAUCCGCUACGAACGACGUCAUUGCCGAAUUAGGGUCAUGUGCUUGUCUAGAAGAAGUAUCGCUUGAUAGUCUAUCCAAGUUGACAGAUGAUGGUUUGAACUUUUUUAUUGAAAGCCCAAUUCCUGCGUUGACCAAACUGACCCUGAGAAAAUGCCCUUUGGUAACUGAAGAGUGUCUAGUUGCUGUAAAAGAAAAUGUCAAAGUGGUUAUUCAAGAUGAUUGA